AUGUCUCCCAAAACGCUCAACGACCUGAAGCGGAAGGACCUCCUACAGUCUAAAGGCUACAUCAACGAAGAAUGGGUCGACGCAGCCUCCGGCAAGACUUUCGAUGUCUACGAUCCCGCCACCCUCGACAAGAUCGCAACACUCCCUGAAAUGGGAGCGGCGGAUGUCGACAAAGCAGUCGCGGCCGCACACGCAGCGUUCCAAACUUUUAAGAAGACCAGUGCCCGCCAACGAGCCAGGUGGCUCCGGAAAUGGUCUGACCUAUGUCUCGAACAUAUUGACGAUCUAGCCCUGAUCUUGACUCUGGAGAACGGUAAGACUCUAGCUGAAGCCAAAGGCGAAGUCACCUACGGCGCCUCAUUCCUGGAAUGGUUCGCCGGAGAAGCAGAGCGUGUGCACGGCGAAGUCGUCCCAACCGCAAACCUCAAUCAACGGAUCUUGACCUUCAAGCAGCCUAUCGGCGUUGCAGCUUGUCUAGCUCCUUGGAAUUUCCCUAUUGCUAUGAUCACAAGAAAGGCCGGUGCAGCACUUGCCGCCGGCUGCACAACUGUCUGGAAGCCUGCAGGAGAGACUCCCCUAAGUUCACUUGCCCAAGCUGUCCUCGCGCAAGAAGCAGGCUUCCCCAAGGGCUCAGUCAACGUCAUCACGACACUCAACACGGUCCAAGAGGUCGGCGAUGCCCUGUGCAAAAGCAAGUUCGUCCGUAAAUUGAGCUUCACCGGCAGUACUCGGGUCGGAAAACUUCUCGCCAAGCAAUGCAGCGACAGCCUAAAGAAGCUGUCUCUCGAGCUCGGCGGCAACAGUCCCUUCAUCGUGUUUGACGAUGCGAAACUCGAGACUGCAGUCGAAGCUUGUAUCAUGGCCAAGUUCAGAAACUCGGGUCAGACCUGCGUGACGGCAAACCGCAUUUUCGUGCAGAGUGGCAUAUAUGACAAGUUCGCAGAUGCUUUGACAGCAAAAGUCAAGUCUCUAAAGGUUGGGCCUGGUGUUGAGGACGGUGUGUUUGUCGGACCAUUGACGCAUGAGCGUGCGGUAGAAAAGGCAAUGAACCAUAUCAACGAUGCUAAAAAGCACGGCGGACAAGUCGUGCUCGGUGGAGCGCCCAUGAAAGAUCUCAAGGGGUAUUUUCUGCAACCCACUGUCAUCAAGAACAUGAAGCGAGAGAUGAUAACAACCCGAGAGGAGACUUUCGCUCCGGUGGUCGGCCUGUACGAGUUUGAGACCGAAGAGGAAGCCCUUGAUAUGGCCAACGACUGCGACGUCGGCCUCGGUAGCUUCAUCAUAACGGAGAACAUGGCUCGAGCAUGGCGUGUGACCGAAGCUCUGGAAGUGGGCAUGGUUGGCGUCAAUCUCGGCCUCCUGAGUGCGUGCGAGAAUCCGUUUGGGGGAGUGAAGGAAAGCGGCUAUGGUCGAGAAGGUGGUCGUCAGGGCAUCGAGGAGUAUCUCGUCGUCAAGAGUAUGUUUAUCAAUGUUGCAAAUUAG